CUGGAGCAUUUCAGAGAUAACUACCUAAUUCCACAGAAGCCCGUGGUCUUAGAGGGGAUCAUUGACCACUGGCCGUGUAUGAAGAAGUGGAGGUGAGAAAUAAAGAGUUUCUUCCUGUCCUAGCAAGGGCGAGGAUCAUUUUCUGUGUCGGGUGACUCGAUGCUCGGCAGAGCGGCAGAGACCUUCACAGCAGACGGGUGCCAUUGGGUGUGACUUUUGUGGGCAGCACCUUCCUGCUGCGAUGUUGUCUUUGCCCUGGAGAAGUUGCUCCAUAGAUGAGGGAAGCGCAUCGAGCCAUCCAGGGCAUUGCAUGUGUGGACUAUUUUUGUCAAGUCGCAGGGUGCCGCACCGUCCCUGUGGAGCUGGGUACCCGAUACACAGAUGAAGAGUGGUCUCAGAAGCUCAUGACCGUCAGUGACUUCAUCCACCAGUAUAUUGUGAAUGAGAACAGCAUAGGAUACCUUGCCCAGCACCAGCUUUUUGAUCAGAUCCCAGAAUUGAAAGAGGAUAUCAGUAUCCCCGACUACUGCUGCCUGGGGGAAGGGGAAGAAGACAACAUCACCAUUAAUGCUUGGUUUGGUCCAGAAGGCACGAUCUCGCCUCUUCAUCAGGAUCCUCAGCAAAAUUUUUUAGCCCAGGUAUUUGGAAGAAAGUAUAUCCGUCUGUGUGCACCACAGGACUCAGAAAACCUGUACCCCCAUGAAAGCCAGAUUCUUCACAACACUAGUCAGGUCGAUGCAGAAGAUCCCGACUUAAUUAAGUUUCCCAAUUUCAGAAAGGCUGCGUUUCAGUCCUGUGUUCUCCUGCCUGGACAGGUUCUGUUUAUUCCAGUUAAAUAUUGGCACUAUGUACGAUCACUUGAUAUCAGCUUCUCUGUCAGUUUCUGGUGGUCGUAGCUCUGAGGCACGCAAGAAGCCUGUUAGCGUUGUAAUAGGAAUUAAAAAUCAGAAAAAGUAGCAUCUGGCAUCUUCUCACCAGAGAGUUGUUCUUAAGCAUGAGAAUGUUCUUCCUUAUCCAGAGCUUAGAGGUGGAUUAAAAAAACCCCCACAAAUAACGAACAAAUUCUUGCUUCAGCGGGGCGAAAGAAUCUGGACGGGUAAAUGGAGAGAAGAUGCUACAGCCAUUUUGUGGAUGUUUCCAAUACAAACUCCUGAAGAGCAUCUGUCAGGUCAUUGUCUUGUGCACAUGUGGACAUCUGAAGCAGAGUCCUGGCAGUGCCCAUAUGUAGAGCUGCUUCCAGCUGUAUUUGGAACCUCAGACACGCACUGAGAAUCCCAACCCGAGAAUAUGGAGAACUACAUACACAAAACAGCCUCCAAGAAAGCUGUGUGGGUGUCACCAUG